GGGGCGGUGGCUCAGGGAAGGGAAGGCUGCUGCCGGGCACGCAGCCGGGGGCCAUUGAGGGCGAAUAAUUCCCGGCCCAGCUGCCCGGGAGACGGGCGGCGGGGCGGGCACCUGGCUGGGUGGGGCCGAGGGGGCGGUCCGCACCCUGGGGGAAACCAAUGAGAAAACCAGGCCCGGCCCGAGGGGGCGGUGCCGUCGGUCACAUGCGCACCUGGGGCGGGCGGCGGCGGCGGCGCGGGCACCGCGAGCCGGCAGCAGGCAGCGGGGCUGGGCUGGGGCGGGGUUAGGCAGGUGAGUGACAGGCUGCGGGGGGCCGGCCCCAGCUGGGAGCCCCGAGCUAGCCGGGAGUAGCUGCGGCGGUUCCCGCCCCCUCUCUCCGCCCCUCCAGCGGAGCUGGUCUUCGGCAGGGCACCGUCGCGGGCCCCCCUGGCCCGGCCACCUGGGACUGUGCUGGGGAGUCGGCCACCUCCCUCUCUCCCCUCGCCCGCAAAGUUUGUGGCGAAGCCGGUGCCGGGGUAGAGCGCUCCCCGGGGUAGAUUGGUGAGCGCCCGAUGCCUGGCAGCAGGAGCCGUUGACCCGGGACGCCGCCGUCCGGGGCAGGAGCGCGGAGCAGCCGAUCAGCCCGCCGUCUCCGGUGCAUGGGGCCCGGCUGAAGAGCCAGCAUGGGCAACUGCGUGGGGAGACAGCGCCGGGAGAGGCCGACCGCCCCAGGACACCCCCGCAAGCGAGCAGGACGCAACGAGCCCCUGAAGAAGGAGCGGCUGAAGUGGAAGAGCGACUACCCGAUGACCGACGGGCAGCUGCGGAGCAAGAGGGAUGAGUUCUGGGACACGGCGCCCGCCUUCGAGGGCCGCAAGGAGAUCUGGGACGCCCUCAAGGCUGCCGCCUACGCGGCCGAGGCCAACGACCACGAGCUGGCUCAGGCCAUCCUGGACGGAGCCAGCAUCACCUUGCCCCAUGGCACCCUCUGUGAGUGCUACGACGAGCUGGGCAAUCGCUACCAACUCCCCAUCUACUGCCUGUCGCCGCCCGUGAACCUGCUUCUGGAGCACGCCGAAGAGGAGAGCCUGGAGCCCCCCGAGCCCACCCCCAGCGUGCGCCGAGAGUUCCCGCUGAAGGUGCGCCUCUCCACGGGCAAGGACGUGAGGCUCAGCGCCAGCCUGCCCGACACGGUGGGGCAGCUCAAGAGGCAGCUGCACACCCAGGAGGGCAUCGAGCCAUCCUGGCAGCGAUGGUUCUUCUCCGGAAAGCUGCUCACAGACCGCACGCGGCUCCAGGAAACCAAGAUCCAGAAAGAUUUUGUCAUCCAGGUCAUCAUCAACCAGCCCCCGCCGCCCCAGGACUGAGGAGCCCAUGGACCCCUGGGCAGAGAGGCCAGGGAGCGCUCUGCAGGGCCGAGAGGCCUCCAGCCUGGAGCACUAGGCCCCCCCACCCUGCUGCUGCCUUUGAGAGCUGUCCUUUUCUUCAGGGGCACCUCUCGUGUACGGCUGCUGGGCAAGCCCUGAGAGGACCCUGCUUCCCGGGGACACCGCGGGCCACCAGUGCUCAGCACCCAGGAAAGAGUGUGCUGCCACACACCGGCCUUGCCAGCUUGGUCAGAGAAAAGGCAACCAGGGCCUCCACCCGGUCUCUCUCCCGAGGCCGGUUCAAGCCACGAGGGCCAGCCCGGAGGCCCCUGGAGCCCAGAUCUGCCCUCUGGUGCUGAUGGCUGUGCUCACUCCGGUUUUCUGCUCAGGGUCUGAAGCAGCUGCUGUCUCCCUCCCCUGACUCUGCCCUGGGGCACAGGGCCAGUGCCCUGGAGGGGAGGGGACCACGCGUGAGCCCCAGGGGCCAGGAGCCUGAGGCUGGCCUCUGCCUCUCCCAGCCCCCGGCACAAUUGGCAGAGAGGAGGCAGUGGCUGGGCAGUGGUGGCCGGGGGUCUGCACAGGGCCAUCUCCUGGCUGUAACCCUGGUGGUGGGGGGUCCGCAGCCUGGUCAUGGCCCCACGGCAGGUCCCUGUGUACAGACAUAUCUGCAUAUUUAUCAAUAAAGCCUUUUGCUCCUUC